CGCCUUGUCGUAUCUCCGUUUCUGGAUAUUCUUGAGCUCCCUUUCGGAUUUCGCCACUUAUCGCCCUUUGAAACCUUCAUUUCACAGACAGACAGACAGACGUGGCGGUGCGGUCUCGGCUGUCUGUCUGACUGACCUCUGUAGAGGCUCUGUAUCUUGAGUGCCUUUGGCGUCACGGCAGCCUCAUAGGCGAGACGGGCUUUCCGGUAGCGGCGGACGCUGCGGCUGAACAAGCCCCUGGCGCAACGCUGAAUUGUGACCUGCACGGACCACCCAACAAACACAGCAAACACACGGCCGCCCCCUUGACGUGUGUGAAGAGCCACUCGUCCCGUCCCGUCUCCCUCCACUACUCACCGCAGCUAAGUCCAUCACCACCGCCCUCAUGAGGCGGGAUUUGCGGCCAACACGCGGCCCCGUGGUGGCUGACGCGGCUGCUGCUGCUGCUGUGGUUGUGGUUGUGGUAGUGGCGGUUGUUGAUGCCGUGCGCUCUGAGCCUGGGGAUCGGCCGUCGGAAGGGUCGGAGUGGCCGACAUGCUCCUGGUCGGAGUGGCCGACCUGGUCACUGUCAAGGGGAUGGGCCAGCCCCCGUAGGGAGCCCCUGCAUGAGGAAGCACCGACAGAUGGGCGGAGACACAGACCAAGGGAGACAGAGGCAGAUGGAUUGAUGGGUACUUCGGUGGCCGCCUCUUUCUGUCAGACCUGACGAAGUGUUUCAGGCAGUCCACAAACGCCGGAAUGUCCUCCGGCGGAACCUGCAGCCGAAAGGCCUGCGAGACACAACACACACACAUGCAGUAUGUCGGUGCGGUCGGGUAUGGCGCGUCAUGGACCCCCCUCCCAAGGAAGGGCUGCUCAGCUCACGGUGGUGGCCGUCGCAGUGCUGCCUACUUCCACCCUGACACCAUCACAAGGGCACAAGGAAACAACGAAAUGCCUCACGCACUCUCCCACCGCCCAGGCAUACCACCCCCUCUUCCCUCCCUCCAAGCCCAAAAAUCAGUUUGUACGCCCCUCCCCCCUCUCUGCCCCACUCGUCCCUCUGCCUGUUGUGUGUGUGGCCACCCACUUGAUGUAGGAGGAGCCAAAACGCGCCGACUCCUGCAGCCGCUCCGGGCUGUCCUCAACUUCGACCCCACUCAUUGACUCACUCAGAGUGGGGAGGUACUGAUUGCUUGAAGGCGUAGAAACAACUUGAAGGCAGCGAACAAUAGAA